AUGAAGCUUUUGUUGCGGUCCGUGCGGUUGCCGCGCAUUGCUCUGGCGCUGUAUGUCGUUGGGAUCAUCUGCGCGACGUAUCAUAUGUCUUGUGUGGAAGUGCCCGAACAAACGGAAACCGUUCAACUUGCACACUAUGAAAUGCCUCUCGCCGACCAAGAACAUGCCCAGGAAAUCGAGCGGGCCACUACAACUAUUUCCACAACUGACACCGUGACGGAGACUAUUCAGGAAAAGCUACCAGCCGCAGCCGAGGAAAGUGAAGGCAAAGCAGAGACGGCCGAUGUAGCCGAGACAGCAGAGCGCAGGCUCGCAGUGGAAACUGCGGAUGAUCUCGCUGAAGACGUCACUGAGGGAGCGCGCGCGGAUGAGGCCGACAAGACCAGUUUGGCUGCAGAGACUGCAGAUGACGAAUCUGCUGCAGGCUCCGAGAGUCAAGAGGAGGCAAAUGCAAACGAGGAGAAUGUGCCAAGGAUUUUGGCGAGUGUCCCAACCGAGACGGAGUCUGAAGACGUGUCUACCGGAGGCGAAGAGCCAACUGAGACAGAUUCUGUGGAGAACGAACCCUCCAGGAGACUCUCCGAUAAGGAGGAAGAGCACGUUUCGCAAGAAGCACCGGUAGCCGCGAAUGAAGAGGACAAAGCCUCUGCAGUUAUCAAAGAAGAGGAGGUCGCCGUCACGGAAUCAGAGGAAGAAGAGGCAUACGAUACAGUCGAGGAGGCAGGCUCCGCUCAAAGCCGCAGACUAAGGGGAGCCUACGAGUCCGAAGAUGAUGCCAAUGCGGAUUUCGACCCUGCCCAGCCCGUCUCGGAGGAGAAUGCAUCCGAGUCCCAUGUGACCAAGCAAGAGUUGGAGAACACUGAAAGCCCCACUGAGGCACCAGCCGCAGGCCGACGACUUCAGUCAGAGGAAGUCGUGGAAAACGUCGGAGACACGACGAAGACCGAAGAGUCUGACACCGCAGGAAGAGAGGAGGAGGGGAAAGGUGAAACGCUCGAGGACGAACACGCUGGCACCCGUUUGCUUUCUGCUCAAGCGUCGGUGGAAGAACAGCUCGAAUCUGCUCCUGAAGACGACAAGAGCCAACAAGAAGACGCAGCACAAACUGAAGAAGAAGGCGCGGAAACAGAAGGGUGCCCGGUGGCCUGCAAGGGAAGACUGACUUCAGAGGAAGCCGAAGAGGCGAGUGCGCUGGUUGUCGAUGCCGUUGCCGAAGACGAGGCCGCUGUGACAGCCGAGCCUAUGCAGCUAGUGACAGAAGCUCUUGCAGAGGCAGAGGAAGCUGAGCACGUGGCAGCCGCUCUGGCAGAUGUGGAAGCUGUUGACAUUGAUUCGACAAUUGUAGAGGCUGUUGAGGAGCUUAUGAACUGA